AUGUUGAUUCCUGUACAGACGAUAAGCUAUUGUAAGCAACAGCCUGGGCGAGGCAGUCCUCAGGGUCAUUGGCGGGUUAAAGCUGUUUUGGGUGACAAAAUUAGAUCCGGUCAACAGGCUGCACCACCCAGCCCACCUAAGCCGGUCAUGCCAACCCCUAAAGAAAGGAACUGCAAACCAAGAAGUUGGAAGUUGGAACCACUCGACCUAUUCAAAGAUCUGAAAGUUGAAGUGACGAUAGAACUAGGCACAAGUGCUUUGGAAGAUUUGGCAGAGAGUAAAGCCAUUGAUGGAAACACUCCGUAG